GUCCUAGGGACGAUGUAUCUCCUGGUGCUGACAAACAUGACACCUCUCAGUUACAGGCUAAAACCCACUCUGAUCCUGACAGAGAGAAGGCGACAUCUGUCACACUUAAACACGUUCCUGAAUUCCCCACCAGUGAGGCUAGCUUGCCGGACAGGUCGCAGGCAGGAAGCGUACCGGCCAGCCAGGAAAAGCUCUGCUGUGGAAUCGUUAGGCCUGCCCCUGAGGAGAAAAAAACCCAAACCUCCAGAAGUUUGUUGAAGCUGAGAAGGCGGACGAAGACACUGGUAUCAGAGGAGCGGGAAACCAUGCGUGAUGUGUGUCCAAGGAGGAAUACAGGUGUAAUGGGGAAAAAUCAAGUCGCCGGUACAGAGGAGCUUCGGUCUCCAGUCUUCAGGCGGAGCACUCUCUCGAACACUGAGGGAAACGCUCCAGGAGUGUCCAAUCCAGCACCUGUGGGGAGAGAAGAGAACAGUUUCACUCCUCCUGAUGCAGCGUUUGGGGUUGUACGAGACGUGCUGGGAGACAGUGUCCCCCCGGGAGCGCCUGAGCUGUUCUCGUGUGCGCUGAGGGGCAGCCGCGAUGUCAGGCAGCCAGAGCCCUCGGGUGCUGUGGCUACGCCUGAUAACCGUGAGCCUGUGCAGCCGCCUUCGGGGGACGGUGACUCUGUUUUGCUUGACAUCAGCAGUGAUGGAGGAAAAGAAUCUUCAGGGAUAAUGAAACAAACGGACAGUGAGAGUAUGUGUGAAGACCAGGGAGAAUUAUGCGGGCCCUUGGAUUUAAUGUCAGAAGACGAAGCGUUGCCCACUGGGGGAAACAGCAACAUAAUGAAUGACAGCAAAAACCAUGAGGAGAAUCAAGGUGACACCAAGAGCUUAAAUCUCUUCCCUACAGACCUUGCUCUGGGCAAUGUUGAAGAAUUGUUGGAGAACCAACAGCUUGAAACUCAGUCAAGACUUUCUCCUGCAGAAGAGGUGACAGCUCCUGGAAAUGCCCUGAGCUCUUGCACAGUGGUCGAAGGGCUUCUCUUUCCUGUUGAAUACUACGUCAGGACGACUCGGCGCAUGUCUAAUUGCCAGAGGAAAGUGGAUCUCGAUGCUGUAAUUCUCAGCCAGCUGGGCAGAAGCAAGAAAAGUCAGCGAAGUAAGUGCAAGCAGAAAGAUGCAAAUUCAGAUCAGCCCCCCCAAGAGAGAGUUGAAAAUGAUUUGCAGACAGGGGUCACGCCGUUUCCUUUUCUUGGUGCAGAAAAUGACCCAGCAAAUUCGGGUAGUCCACAGAAAUCUCUUCCUGCAUCCAGUGGAAGCAGCACUUCACUCGGAUCGAGUUCUCAAAACAGUCUCACUAGCACCAAGCGAGAUCAGAGACGGUCACAGAUGAAACGAAAGAGAAGAAUGCCUGCCUGCAAGCCCUCUGCGCAUCAAGUGUCCCCGGAACUUGCAGACAGCUUGAAUCUCCUAACGCCGAGGGAAAGCAGCAGUCGGCUGUUGGACGAGUGUCAGAGCGAAAAGCAGAACUGCGAGGCUAAUCUCGAAGAGUCGCCUUCAGACGAGGGAAGGUUGUCUGCUGCUGCAGCUCUUGGGGCUGGGGAGGCAGAAGGGACUGGUGCUGCACAGCCAACGGGUGCUCAUCCUCUGCCUGGAGGAAGCCAAGUGCUGGGCAAAUGCGGUCUGACUCCGUUAGAACAUCAAAAUCCACUUCAGAACAGCGAUUCUCUGAAGCCAGGGGAUGAGGUUUUUGCCAGCCAAAUGGGAGAUCUGGAAGCCAACUUAACUGCGUGUCAGGCCGACAGGCGUCCAGCGGAGCACAGGAAGGAUCAGCACGCGCGGGGCGCCUGCAGGGCCCAGCAGCUCCUGGCGGUUGAUGUCCCUCUGCGCCGCUCCCUGCGUUCCUCUGCGAGGCGGAGAGCCGGUCAAGUCUCAAAAGGUACCUCCAAAGGAGGAUGUGGGUAUCCAGCAGGUUCAGAGGAUCCUGAUUCUCUUGGCCUCCCUGCUCUGGACCCCGAUACUAGCGACGCUCUCUGCUCCUUCCGCAGUCCCCAGUGGCUGGUCCCCAGGCUGGGCAUCACAGACUUUGACUUACCGGAUGAGGAAUUUGGACUACUGAAACUUGAGAAAUUAGAACCUUGCCCUGUGACUGACUUGGAGGGUUUUGUUCCUAGUGUGUUUGGAGAUGAUGCGGCUCCAGGGGCCGCACGAGUGAAUCCAGAAGGAAAAAGGCUGGACAGUAAUUUGAUUUCACCUUUCAAAAAUGGGUCGCCCAAGUUGUCUCCUUUAGAAAGCCCAGCUUCCAAGAAGGAGCUUUCCACACAUGAGCUGCUCUUUACUCCCGUGGGGACUGUUGUAGCUGGUGCUCCCACUCAGCCCGGGUCUCCGAUCUCCUCAUCUGUUUUCCCUGCUGUGGGUGCAACCCCAGCGGUUUUACCAUCAGCGUGCAGCGAGCUCCUCCCCAGAACGCCGCCUGUACCUCCCUGGCAAGCGAGCCCGUGUUCCUCCGGCGGAGCGCCUGCCCAGGUCAUGGAUGAUGGGGAAUGCAAAGACUCUGCCGUUCCACUGCGCUUGGACCCCCGUGGUCCGGGAUCUGGUACAACAGCGGAGGAACGAGGUACAGCUUGUCCUUUAGAAGCUGAAAGAGGCCCCGACAGUAAAUGUGAUGAGGCUGUCGCCUUGGAGAAGCAUCAGCAGUCAGAGAGCGAACAGCAGAGAUCCUGCAGAGCUUCUCCUGAACAGAAGAAAGAUGUGGCAGAACAGUGGACUCCAGUACUGCUUGAUGGCCUGACAGAAGAGAGCUUGGAGCUUGUGUCAAAGCUGAAGGAUUCCUCCAGCUCCUGCGCGGUGGACGUGAGCACCACGUGGUGGGAAGCGGCUGGCGGCAGGGAGCUGUGUGUGGUCACUGCUUGUGAGAGUUCUGUCUCCCUCUGGAAACCUCUGGCACCCGACGGCUGGGGAAAGUUCUACACUUGGCAGCUCAGAGAGAUUCCUGUGAUACAGAUCGUUCCUCUGCCGGACACCUGUAACCUGGUGUGUGUAGCACUGGGAGAUUUGGAGAUCGGGGAGAUAAGGCUCUUGCUGUAUUCCCCUGAGAACGACUCAUUCAACCAGUCCCCGCUGAAAACCGGAAAUAUAAAAGCAGUUCUCGGGCUGAGGGGUAGGAGGCUGGUCAGCAGCAGCAGGACCGUGCGCGAGCAGCAGGUGGAAGCAGUGUUGCUUUCGGAGACGGGAAGGAGCAAGGACAGACAGACCUUGAUGCCUCCCGAAGAGACGGUUUUAGCUUUUGCUGAAGUAGAAGGAAUGCCAGACGCCUUGGUUGGCAGCACCGCAGCGAACAGCGUCGUCGUGUGGAACUUGAAAACGGGCCAGCUCCUGAAGAAGAUGCACGUUGGUUACUCCUACCCAGCUUCCCUCUGCCACCGAGCGUAUUCCGACUCCGGCCUCCUGUUUGUUGUUUUAAGCCAUCCGCAUGCUAAAGAGAGCGAGUCCUGCGGAAACCCCGCAUUCCGCGUGAUAGCGUUCAACCCCAUAACAGCCAGGAGCACGGGAGUGAUGUCCUCCUCCCUCCCACCACGGCACGCUGGGAGGCAA